UGAAAUAAUGCUUUCCUCUCUCCCUGCUGUGGACUCGCAGGUGGCCCUGGUGACUGAGAUGGCAUCCUCUCCAAAGGUCCUUGGCCCUAUCUUGGCCCUGCUGUUUCCCCUAUGUGGGCUGCUUAUACACAGCCAGAACCUUUCCUGGAGGGAAUUCAUGAAGCAGCACUACCUGAGCACAAACUGGAAAUUCAGCGACUACAAAUGCGAUGAUCUCAUGAGGGAAAGAGGAGCUCCAAAAGACAGGAACUAUCACACCUUCAUCUAUACCUUGUGGCACAAAAUCGAGCAUAUAUGCCUCAGGAAGUGGAGAGAUCGUUACAGAAAUGUAUAUAUAUGGGUCCAGCAUCCCUUCAAAAUCCUCCAGUGCUACCAGGAGGGUAACAAAAAGAGCUACAGAGAACAUAGCAGCUACAGCUACAUUGAAUUCCACUGUGGCAUGAAUGGGUAUGUGGACAGCAUAGAGGACAUCCAAUUGUUAGACAUCAAAAAUUAGAAAGUCUACCCACACCCCCAGGUUUUAGUAGAGUGCCCAUUACUUCCCAAGUGGUAGCCUGAUGCCUACAUCAACAGUGCUGGCUACUCCUUCCUUUGCGUGUAUGUGCCAAUGUUUUCUCACGACUGGAGUUAUGUACCACAAGGUUUCUUGAUAUUAAAACUGCCUGAGUUGUUUCUCUACCCUGAAUACCUUUCUGCCCUCAUUUACCUGAUUUGCUCUUACAUUUUUUUUUUUUUUUAAGAUUUAGCUCUUAUGGCUUUUCUUUUUUACUGAACCAGGGAUUUUCCUGAUAAUGACUCUCCUUAUACCUCCCCACGCUAAAUGAUCUUCCCUUCCUUAAAUAAAUUGUAUCAUUCCAAUGUGUAUGA